AAAGUCAUAAAAUACAUUUCCGUUAGAAAGUUUGAAAAUAUUCAACAACUUCAACUACCAGAAUUCAUUACCUUCUUGGACGGUAGUUACGCCAUCAGACGUCACUUGCUGUCACCUCCGGGAAACAGGAAGCACAGAAGGAGAUAGGUUGUCUUUUGUUUUCCAGAGACAAUUAGACGAUAAUUUAAUGAUUUUAGUGUUAGAUCGGAACCGGGAUUUUCGACACCGUAAUUCAAGUCGAUAUAGACCCGAUCCGGGUACAGAACUUUUGUCGAUAAAUACCACUACACAAAACUGUAGUUUACUACCUAGUUAAGUCUUCAUAGGCCGGGAGACAUAGUUCAUACAACCAAAAUAUUCUGAUAGUGUUGUUUGUUACUUAAUGCGAUUUGAUUGUAGUGUUUCGAAUUUUAAAAUCCUUUUCUGGCUAAUGUUUAGCGAUUACAUAAUAUUCGAAUGAAUUUAACGACGUCGUAAACGCAAGACCGCUGAAUGUCCUAAUCGCUGUAACAAAAGGAAUUCUGUGCUGUUUCCCGGCCGGUGUAUACAUUAAGUAUCCAUUCAGAUCUACAGUCUUAAUAUAGAACUUAAUCCUUAUCAUUUCAUAGUUGAAUAGUUUACCAUUUGUGUGUUCGGGUUUUAAGCCUGGCUCGGGCGGGAUUUAAAUUAACCACUUUUAAAAGCGGCGGGCGGUUGUUGUAAACCCAGACCGCCUUCUCUGCUAGUUGCCUGUUAUUAGAGCACGUCUGUGGGCGACAUGUACGCGCCACCGGGACCCGGGCUGCCUGGGAGCCGGCGAAGGCGAGGGCCGGGGGGGAGCGCUCUCCCGAAGCAGCCCGAGAGGAGCCUGGCCUCGGCGCUGCCCGGAGCCCUGUCCAUCACCGCCUUGUGCACUGCGCUGGCCGAGCCGGCCUGGCUGCGCGUUCACGGGGGGGCCUGCCCGCGACAGGAGCUCGGCGUAGCGGAUGUCCUGGGAUAUGUGGACCCUAAGCUGUUGGAAGGUUACUGCAUGAACCCCCAGACUGUCCUGCUGCUGCGUGUCAUCGCUGCCUUCUGCUUCCUGGGCAUACUUUGCAGCCUGAGUGCCUUCCUGCUGGACGUCUUCGGCCCCAAGCACCCAGCCCUCAAAAUCACCCGCCGCUAUGCCUUCGCACACAUCCUCACAGUGUUGCAGUGCGCCACGGUGAUUGGCUUCUGCUACUGGGCCUCCGAACUCAUCCUGUCUCUCCAGCAGCAGCACAAGAAGUACCACGGCUCCCUCAUCUACGUCACCUUCGCCAUCAGUUUCUACCUGGUGGCUGGAGCCGGGGGGGCCUCCAUCCUGGCCACGGCCGCCAACCUGCUGCGCCACUACCCUACGGAGGAAGAGGAGCAGGCCCUGGAGCUGCUGUCGGAGAUGGAGGAGAGCAGCGAGACGUACCCCGCUGACUAUGACAUUGCCAAUCAGUUCCAGCCCCCUCCUGCUUACACGCCCUAAACCAGGCCUGCGCCGCCCUUCGGCCACCCCCUGCCCCCACACACGCAAACACGCACGCACGCACGAGUCAGGGGUGUGCACCCAGCACUUUACCCAGCUGGCCUGUCCCAGGGGGUCGGAUCUGUACUCCACUGCUCCUGCAAUUUCAGCAGCUCAAAGAGGUUCCCAGACGACCCCACCUCCCUGUCUCCUCUAACACUGGACUUUGUUGUAGCCACAUCUGUAAAUUGAUCAUCUAACUGAUCGGUCCAAAACCUUGGAAUGCGAAAGAACUGGAAUUGGAGGGAUCCAGGUCACUGAGGACCUACCCAUAGGAGCCUUUUCCUAAAGCUGGGUUCACACUUAGACAUUGAGGCAGAAGUAUUCCAUCUGGUAACUACUGAAUUAGAGUCGUUAUGUAAGGACGGUGAAGAUUCCUGCUGAAAAUGUCCUUCAUGUUCUGCAAUUCCUAGUAUGUUUUGCCCUCCGUGUGCCAUUUUUGUCUAGACACAGCCGAAGAACAGAUUAUAGCAUCACUGGGGUCCCCUGCCCUGCUACUAGACACCCCCGAUCCAGGAAGUCUAAUAGAUAACCCCAAAUCACCUGUUUCUGAAGACUGGGAAUGUUUUAGUAAUCAUCAAGCAAUCUACAGAGUGCUUGAUUAAGGGAGCUUUUGAUCUUCAGAUUUCUAAAUUAUGUUCAUGUAGAAAAUAGUGAUUCAAUGCAGGUGAUUUAUUCCCCGUCUUUGGUGAUUGACGACUCAUUGGCUUUGGUUUACUGGGGCUCUCCAGGAGUACGGUUGGAGAUGCCCGUUCUAGUGCAAUGCUGAAAUACAAAAAGUUUCAAGUUUCAUUUGCAGUAAUCUACACUGUGGAAAAUCCUAGUAUAGAGUGUCCAUUUCCUGCACAUUCCCCUGAUUCUCUUUAAACUGCUCUAGGUGUGAAUUCAUCUUACCAGUCCUGUUUUCUUUCAGAUUACACAAUUUAUAUUGUACAAUUCUGUACUGUGGUUCUGUACAUUGGCCUGAAGUCUCGCUCAACACAGACAUUCAGCCUUUGAAACAGUCAGGUCAGAAUCCCAGUGGAAGCUGAAAUGUAUUAUUCUGAUAUUUCACACUGGACUAAGAAUUUAGGAAAAGUGCCAAAGUCUUUCUCCCAAAACUUCUCUGGCAGUUUAACAUUUUGGCUUCUUUUAUCAUUUUCCCACAGUGCUUAUAUAGUACUUCAUUCUCUGUGGCUCUGAGGUUGUUAAAGAAACAGGUUGCUGAUGAUAUCCAUUUUAAAAGUAGUAUUUUGAAGCAGGUAUUAAUCAUUUUCAAUCCAUACAGUGCAAAUCACUGAUAUUUUAAACCGGGGGCCAGAUGUUGAGGAAUGUGUAUUGUUAAUCACCACCCUCUUUUAUAUAUAAUUAUUUAAGAUUAUUAUGUUGAAAAAAAAACAGAACCCCUUGCAAAAAGAAGAGGGUUCAAUUAAAGAUUGUGUAGCGUUCAACAGAAUUUUUUAAAGCAGCUGUAUUAUGUAUAUAGUCACGUGUUUCAGCCUUCUCACUUUGUUUUUGAACUUCGCAGUGCAAGAGACAUUUGAAUUGUG